AUGGCCGCGAGCCUACCAAUCUUCUACCUCAACCCCUUCAUGACUGAGGGCGCCCGCUCCUCUUGGCUCCACUAUCACCCCCCAAGAGCCUUCUCCCCUCCUCACAUCUGCCCUGCCGCUCCAACCGCCGUCCACCCAUGCGGCGGUGGCGGGCCGGAGCUUGGGCGGCGGCGGUGGCGGCGAGAUACGACGAGAGGGGACGCAUUGGUUGUGAGGGCCGGUCCCCCUAGCACCUCCACUCUCGUCUUUGCGUUCGUCUUCCCGCUGUCCAUGAUCCUCGGCACCAUCUUCGCCUCCGUCCGGAUCGCCGACCAGCUCGACCAGAGGUACCUCGAGGAGGUAACAUCGAUCGAACCAAAACCUAUAUUUCCCGUACCGAAUUUCCCGUCUAGAAUCAAGAAAGCCUCGGUGACCUCUCGUAGGCUAAAAAUUGUUCCAAAUUGCGCACUAGUCGUUCGACAAAAUGCCGAACACAACCUCAGGACCUGUGAAAUUUCACUCCCAACAUCUCUUUCCGUGGUGAAAUUGCGAGUUUUUGUCAUGGGAAAAUGAAUUUUCCCUUAAAAGUGUUCGAUGAAAUGCCAAAUGCAGCCAUACAUCCAUACCGGAUAGCUCCAUCUCAUAUUUGGUGAAUCAAAUUCAGUCAAACCCUUUUUUUUUGUCUGAUUCUAAAGUUUCCUCUGUGGUUCAACUGAUCAGCUUGCGAGGGAUGGGGCAAAAAUGCAAGAGAAAGGGGCGGAAGGCAGGACCGAGGGCGAUCCCCGGAGUGAGGAGGAUGAGGCCACUCCUCUGAGAGAUGGGCGGCUCAUCCCUGCUGGUGCCGCAACGUCCACCGCCACCAUUGAAGAGGCUUCUUCAGCUCCACGGAGUAGGAAUCGCCCCAAGAGGAGGGCUUGA